AGGAUGUCUAUAAAAUCCAAGACAGCCAAGCUCCUUGGAAAUCGCACAACGACUAAAGAACAGACUCUGUGUUUUUUUCUCUUUCCAUGGAAGGCAACAAUCAUAACUCAACCUCCUCCGCCGUCAUCUCAGCCACCUCCUUCGCCCUCCAUUUACCCGAACCCGAUGUCCAGAUCGUCACCUCCGGCGGCCUCCGCAUCCCCACUCACUCCAGCAUCUUGGCAAUGGCGUCGCCGGUGCUGGAAAAUAUAAUUGAGAGACCACGUAAGCACCGAAGCUCUGUGAGAGUCAUCCCAAUUCUCGGUGUUCCAUCCGACGCCGUCUCUGCUUUUGUCGGAUACCUCUACUCUUCCAGGUGCACGGAGGAGCAAAUGGAGAAAUAUGGGAUUCACCUGCUAGCGUUGUCACACGUUUACUCGGUCCCGCAGCUGAAGCAGAGGUGCACCAGGGGAGUGAGUCAACGGCUGACGAUCGAGAAUGUGGUGGACGUGCUCCAACUCGCCAGGCUCUGCGACGCACCCGAUCUUUACCUCAAGUGCAUGAAGCUGGUCUCCGCCAAUUUCAAGGCUGUUGAGCAAACCGAAGGCUGGAAAUUCAUUCAGGGUCAUGAUCCCUGGCUCGAACUCGAGAUUCUCCAAUUCAUGGACGAAGCUGAAUCGAGGAAAAAGAGAACGAGGCGGCUCAAGGAAGAACAGAGCUUGUAUUUGCAGCUCAGCGAGGCAAUGGAGUGUUUAGAGCACAUUUACACGGAAGGGUGCACGAAUGUCGGGCCGUACGACGUGGAACCGGCAAAGAGAAUGGGCCCAUGCAACAAAUACACAACGUGUCAAGGUGUCCAGCUGUUGAUCAAACACUUUGCUCUGUGCAAGAGAAGGGCUAAUGGAGGAGGGUGCUCCCGGUGCAAGCGGAUGUGGCAGCUUCUUAGACUCCAUUCCUCCAUUUGUGAUCAGCUUGAAUCUUGCAGGGUUCCACUUUGCAGACAAUUCAAAUUGAAAGCUCAACAACAGAAAAUGUGUGAUGCAGCAAAGUGGAAGCUACUUGUGAGGAGGGUUGUGUCAGCUAAAGCUAUGUCUUCUCUAUCUCUGCCCAAGAGAAAGAGAGAGGAGCUGAGGGAAACAAUGGGUUGUCAUGUAUUGAAAACCUUUAGAUUCUGUUAAGCUACAAUAAUCUUAUAGAAAGGAGUUAGUUCUGUAGGAAAGCAGUCAGUUUAAUUCUUUGAUUCAUGAGAGAAAAAUUUUGUCUUGGUGUGUUCUGUAUAUGAGGCGAGUUGGUUUUGCCUAGCUAGCUUCGUCAUAUCAAUCUAUCAUUCCUCACCUACUUUUUUAGGGAUUUUAUAGAGUAAUCCUCUAAUGGUGGGCACUGGGUAGUGUGUCCAGCACAAGAUGAUGUAUAAUGGAGUGUCUAUUUGUAAAAUUAUAAACCUCUCCAUUUUGUGCAAAUGAAAGUCGUUUAGACUUGGUCUAUUUUGUCAUUAA